AUGAAAGAAGAAAAGACCAAUUUCGACGAGAAGUUUGCCAAUAGGACCGAACGUUUGGAACAACUUCGUGACCAGUUGCACAAUAUUAAACGCAUAAAUGAUUUAGAAUGUCGUCUCGUCGAGAAAUGGGAAGCAAAUCGUCUCUCACAAGCCACAAUAAUGGGCCAGAAUGAAGAACGUUCACUGAUGAAACAAAUUGUCGAUUUACAUCGUCGUUUGGCUGGCGAACAGCGUCUAAUUUGUGAAGUUGAAUCAUUUCGAAAACACGAAGCUACCCAGUUGCAGGAACAAAUUGCCCAUUGGGAACAAAAAUUUAAAGAUGAAAAGGCAAAGAUUUUUGCUAAAAAUUUACAGCUAAGUGAAAGUAUUGCCGAAAUUAUAAAAUCACAUGAAAAACAUUCGGAAAUAAAAGCCGAACGUCAGCAGUUCGUCAAUGAGUAUUUACGGGAGAAGGAAGAGGAGCGCCGUCUCUAUGAAGAACAAAUGUAUCGUGUUGAGUGUGCUGUACGCAUACAAUCUUGGUGGCGUGGCACGAUGGUGCGGAAUGGACUUGGACCGUAUCGUAAGAAAUCGAAAAAGGGUAAAAAAUCAAAAGCUAAGAAAUAA